AUGAACCUAAACCUCAUCCAUGUGUGUAUUGUCUGGCAGGACUGUCCACACCCUUUACAAGCCUUCCAAGCUCUCAAAAUGGCUGCAAUUGAUGACUCCUUGUCCUCCUCAGGUUCAAUAGUGAGCAAUUCACCAGAGGAGCCGAAAACCUGCCUAGAAACCCAGUAG